GUUUCCCUCUGGCGCUCUUUCCACUUGGCAAGACGCUAUCCAGGACCCGGCAUCCGGUAAUUGCCGUUCAGUCUUCAGUCUCGAUUUGACGAUCGUGGAUUUACGGUGUCGUAUUACUUUUCCAGUAUAACUUGAAAACUUAAUUUUGUGUUCAGUAGAGGCGUUAAGUUUGAUAAUAUUCCUUAUACCGCGACUCCAUUCCCCGUUUAUUAGCUUUUAUCAGUUCAGAGUUCAAUAAAAUUUCAUUGCUUUCAUUCACCUUAUUUCCCGCUCCCGCUUGUGGGUCUUCAUUCGGCAAAGCUAUCGAAGACUGCUUUUCCAAAUAGUUUCAGUUAUCUUAUCAACUCCUAUCGAACAUCGUAACUCGUAAAAAAUGGCAGAUAACGAAGAUCUUUUGGAUUACGAAGAUGAUGAACAGACCGAACAAGUAGUCGAUGGGAGUGGUGAUGUGUCAGCCAAAAAGGAGGUCAAGGGAACUUACGUCUCAAUACAUAGCAGUGGGUUCCGUGAUUUCUUGCUGAAGCCAGAAAUUCUACGUGCCAUUGUUGAUUGCGGUUUUGAACAUCCAUCUGAAGUACAACACGAGUGCAUCCCACAGGCGGUGCUCGGCAUGGAUAUACUUUGCCAAGCUAAGUCUGGUAUGGGAAAGACUGCUGUAUUUGUGUUGGCAACCUUGCAACAAUUGGAGUUGACUGAAAAUGUAGUCUACGUUUUGGUUAUGUGUCACACUCGAGAACUUGCUUUCCAAAUUAGCAAAGAGUAUGAAAGGUUCAGCAAAUACAUGCCAACCGUCAAGGUCGGUGUGUUCUUUGGUGGUCUGCCAAUACAAAAGGAUGAGGAAGUACUAAAAAAUACUUGCCCUCACAUCGUGGUAGGAACUCCAGGACGUAUCCUUGCACUCGUCCGUAACAAGAAACUCAAUCUGAAGCACCUUAAACAUUUUGUUCUGGACGAAUGCGACAAGAUGCUUGAAUUACUGGAUAUGCGACGUGACGUACAGGAAAUAUUUAGGAGUACUCCGCACGGGAAGCAAGUGAUGAUGUUCAGCGCUACCCUGUCCAAGGAUAUACGCCCAGUCUGCAAGAAGUUCAUGCAAGAUCCGAUGGAGGUAUAUGUGGACGAUGAAGCUAAACUUACGUUACAUGGCCUACAACAGCAUUACGUCAAACUCAAAGAGAAUGAGAAGAAUAAAAAACUUUUCGAACUCUUGGAUGUCCUUGAAUUUAAUCAGGUGGUGAUAUUCGUCAAAUCCGUACAGAGGUGUAUGGCUCUUGCACAACUAUUGACUGAACAGAACUUCCCAGCAAUUGGUAUCCACCGGGGAAUGACACAGGAAGAACGUCUCUCCAGAUACCAACAAUUCAAGGAUUUCCAAAAGCGUAUUUUGGUUGCCACAAAUCUGUUUGGUCGUGGAAUGGAUAUUGAAAGAGUGAACAUUGUUUUUAACUACGACAUGCCAGAGGACUCCGAUACUUACCUUCACAGAGUAGCACGUGCCGGUCGAUUUGGUACAAAGGGCCUUGCCAUAACGCUGGUCAGUGACGAAGGAGAUGCAAAGAUUCUUAACGAUGUACAAGAAAGAUUCGAUGUCAACAUUACUGAACUACCUGAUGAGAUUGAUCUAGCCUCGUACAUCGAAGGACGAUAAGGUCUCGAUAGCUGCCUCUGCCAACCUCAUUUUGGCUGAUUGACUUAUACUUUUGUGAUUUGCCCAAAGGGACACAACAACACCUCUAGUACAUACCGAUCCAUAUUCCAAGCCACCUGUCUGUUCUGUGACUGGGGAAGAAUUUCAUGAUGUCAUCCAACGAAAAUUGCGGGAUCUCUUGAGCAGCCUUUUGAGGAACAAGAUCAUUGCGAUACAACCAGAUGAUCUCGUACACACUACUCACCCCAAGACAGCUAUCUCAGUGAUCUCUCCUUUUCAACCGGAAAUAUUCCACGAUAUAGUGUUUCAAUGUUCGUGAUUAUUCUGUAACAAAUGAUCGGUAUUCAUGGUAUGCUUUAACUCCUCGGGUGUGAAUGACUCGAGGUGAAAUCUGGGACAAAGUGUAGAUGAUGCACGUGUUGCAAACUUUGUCUAAUUUCAACUCACGUGUUCUCUGACUUCAUUAAAUAUGCAAUGAUCACUGUAUGAUAAUUAUGUUUUAAUCUAAGACUUGCGUUAGUAGCAGUCUACUCGUAACGCUAAGAAACGCCACAUGAGUGAUACGCACGUGUGUCGACACAACAUUGUAAUUAAGGAUAAAAUUAAGAUUAAGAUUAAUAUAAAAAUAAAAUGAACAUUUCAAUACAAA